AAGCCCAAGAAAUGGGAUCCUUCACCUCAUUAUUAAGCUUGUCAUUAUUUUUGUUUUUUUGUCAAAUAAAUGCCACUUCUUUCCUCAAUUCUUCAAAAGCUAACUCUUGCAAUGUCUUCAAAGGCAAAUGGGUCUAUGAUCCAUCUUACCCUCUUUACAACCCUGCUACAUGUCCUUUCAUAGAUCCGGAAUUCGAUUGUGUCAAAUACGCGCGACCCGACCGGUCAUAUCUCAAGUACAGGUGGCAGCCUUUCGGUUGUAACCUUCCAAGGUUUAACGGCGUGGAGUUCCUACAAAGAUGGAAGGGGAAGAAGAUCAUGUUUGUGGGUGACUCACUGAGUUACAACAUGUGGAUCUCACUGAGUUGCAUGAUUCAUUCAUGGGCGCCAAACGCAAAAUACACACUUGUCAAAAGUGGCGGAAGUCUUACUAUUCUUACUUUCCAGGAUUACGGACUUCAAUUGUUAAUAUAUCGCACAACCACUCUAGUUGACAUUGUGAACCAAAACGAGGGACGUGUACUUAAACUAGACUCGAUCAAGCAAGGAAGCGCAUGGAUGGGAAUGGACAUGUUAAUCUUUAACUCAUGGCAUUGGUGGACUCACACCGGUCGUGACCAACCGUGGGAUUACAUGGGAGAAGGAGGAAAAUUAUACAAAGACAUGAAUAGACUCGUGGCCUAUUAUAAAGGGAUGACGACUUGGUCGAGAUGGGUCAAUCGAUAUGUUGACCCUUCGAAAACCAAAGUCUUCUUCCAAGGCAUUUCCCCGAUCCAUUACCAGGGAAAGGACUGGAACGAGCCAUCAAAAUCAUGCAAGGGUGAAACUCAACCAUUUUUCGGUUUAAGGUAUCCUGCGGGCACACCUAUGGCAUCAGUGGUACUAAAUAAAGUGUUGGCACGAGUCAAGAAACCAGUCUACUUACUCGACAUCACGACACUUUCUCAAUAUCGGAAGGAUGCCCACCCGACCUACUAUAGUGGCAACCACAUCGGUCUAGAUUGUAGCCAUUGGUGCCUUCCCGGAUUGCCAGAUACUUGGAACAUACUUCUAUAUGCAGCUAUCUCUGGCUAAGUUGGAGAUGGAAUUGAUCUUAGAACAUAAUUGGUUUGUAUAUGAACAAAUAUACAAACAGGUAUCUCAACAAAUAUACCAUGUUUGUAUCAUUCUUUGUUUUCUUAGGAUUCCUAAUCUUAAGGUGUGUGAUUUAUUAGUCAUAGUCUCAAUGGCUUUGUUAGUUUUUCAUUUUUAUACAUUUUGAUUCGUAAUUGUUUGUUCAAUAAAGAGAUCCAACAAAUUGAUGAUUCUAUUUGUAAUAUCUUGACAAUUGAUUGUAUUUUAAAUUUUAAAUUUAAAUUUUAAA